AUGUGUAUUAAACUCCAAAUGAUUAUUUUUCUGAUAAAGAUCGAGAAUUUGCUCCGACACCAAGUAAUUAGAAAAUACGAAAUGUUAGCAUCAUUUUUCAUUUAUUUCCCAUUAUUUUGUGGAUCAGUAGGUUUAGUUGCCGGGGUUAACGUUAGGACAAAAGCAACAUAUCGCCUUGGGAUUCUACUACCUGCGAGAUAUAAUAAAAUAGAACGAGCUGUUCAAUUAGCUCUAGAUAUGAUUAAUAGUAAUGAGAUUGAUGAUAUUAAGUUGAAUCACAGCAAGAUAUCCGCAUCAUUUCAUAUCGCAGACUUAUAUAGCCCAUACGAUAAUUUCCAUAAAGCAUGUGAUGCCAUGAAGGAAGGAGUUGUAGCUAUCAUCGGACCAAUACUUCCAAGUGCAGCUGUCGGAACUCAAAUUGCUUGCUCAAAGUUGCAUAUGCCGCACAUUGCACCUAAUACAGUAGAUGCAAAUCUAGUUAACAGUCCAAAUUAUAAUUUCUUACUUCGAAUGCUUCCAGUAUCUACUGCCAAAAGUAAGGCCCUUGCUUCUUUUAUUGAGUAUUAUGGUUGGACUAAAAUGGCUCUAUUAGCAUCUUAUGCGGACUCUGGUAUCGAUGUUCUAUCAAAAUUUCGAGAAAUUGCAUCUAGUAAAUCAUGGAAGAUUCUAGCCUUCGAACGCUUUAAAGUAGAUAAGGUCGGCAAUGCACUGGAAAUUAAAGCUAAUCUGCAAAAUAUUAAAAUGUCAGGCUCCAGAAUUGUGAUCGUAAAGUGUCUAACGUCUCAAGCAUUGGAAAUUUUUAAAUAUGCACAUAGGAUGGAAAUGAUGGGAAGGGGAUGGUGUUGGAUUAUGGUUGAUGCGACAACCUCAGAGACAAUUUCAUUAAUGCAUAUCAUUUAUUUGCCAUUGCCAUUGGAAUUGAUUAACAUUAUGGGCAAUAAUAGUAGUGCUAGCUGCUUAAUCAUGCGAUCUUACGCCUAA